AUGUCGGACCCCAGGGCCAGGGCUCCCUUUUGCCAGUCAGAGGCCCUAUUCUCAACCUAUCCCUUUCUGGCUCUCGACGACCUGUCUGGUCUCCCUGAGCAGGAUGUCCAGUUCCUCGAGCUCAACGGGUGCUUCCACCUGCCCCUGCGUCCCAUCCAAGAAGAGUUUGUCCACCAGUACUUUUUGUAUAUCCAUCCCUGCUAUCCCUUGAUGGACGAGGGAGAGUUCUGGUCCAUGUACCUGGAUCGAGACCGUCAUCGUGGAAGGGAAAAGACCAUGUCGCUUCUCCUGCUCCAGGCCAUGCUGUUUGCAAGUUCUGCCUUUGUAUCGCCUGCUGUUCUCAAGAAUGCUGGAUACUCUGGAGUAAAAGUUGCUCGAGGCAUCUUUUACCGACGGGCCAAGCUUCUUUUCGAUUUUGGUGUAGAGAGCGACCCCUUCACAAAAGCCCAGGCGGCCUUACUCUUGACAUUUCAGUUCUCAGCCGCUGAGCCGCACGCCGGGAGCCUCUGGCUGAGCACGGGGAUACAGAAUGCGAUCGUCGCUCAGACGCACACCUUUCAAGCCCCCGGAUCGAGCACCGCCCUCAAGAGGCGCAACAAGAGGCUCUGGUGGUCUCUCUACUGGAGGGAUAGAGUGUUGACCUUGGGGCUACGGAAACCCCUGCAGAUAACUCCUUCCAGCUUCAACGUCCAGCUCGACCUCCUCACCCAAGAUGAUAUGAUAGAUGAGGCUCACCACUCCUUUGUCUAUGAUCCUAAGACCAAGCGACACCUAACGGAUAUUCUGACAUUCCAAUGUCGUCUGGGAAUUCUCCUGACUGAAGUGCUCGCCCUCACCUACGGCCCGAGCUCUUUUGAUCCUACUUACUCCCUCGACCACUUUGAGGCUACGCUUUCACAGAUGAGGACUGCAAGAGCUAGGCUAGCUCGGUGGAAGGAGGAUGCCGAGGCUGCAUUUUACGUCUUUCUCGGCGAUGGCCACACUCAUCGGUCCCUGACCCUAUUUUCAAGUUUGAUUUACAUCUAUGCCUAUGCCGCUCAAAUCGCACUGGGAAACCACGAGGCUUUGAUUAUCGAACGGAUGCAGAAAGGCGUGACACUCCUCGAUGAUUCGGCCCUGAGGAGUAUCGGCGAGGAACUAAGCCAUGCGACGACCGAGACGACGAGGUUGGUCAGGCUCAUUGUCAAACAGGGCCUGACACAGCAUCUCCCCAUAUCUGUCAUCGCAUAUAUUGCUUUCCCUCUCAUGCUCAGCUCAUUGGACGACAAGAUAUCCUCAGACGACGCACAGACUGAAUCUGACCGGUCCCUUACGAAGUAUCAUGCACAAGCAAUGCACCUAUGCAGCAAGCGAUUUGAAGGAGCAGAGGACAUAAGCAGAAUGAUUUCUCAGAUUCUGCACUCAGCACCGAUACAGCUACCAAUCCGGGUUGUCCAGCCUAGAUCGAGCAAUCAAGCAAAAGGGCCAAAUGGAAAUAGUCCUGGACUUGGAAGCUCUGGCUCCAAAAAGAUGGGGACACGCUGGGAUGAAAUUUUUGUCACGCGUCUUUAUAUGCGUCUCCGCUUGUCUCUCGACUAUGCCCUAGUUACCGGCAAGCCACCCACCGAGGCGGAUCUUCCGGCUUACAUCCUUCAGGGGGCAACGAAACGGUUGACCCUCGGGCCUGUUCACAGCCUGUCCUCGGCCAUGCUGGGCACAUCACCGGGUUCUUCAGCGGGGUCUGUUGACAGCAACCCCAGAGUUGUCGAAUUGGACGACAAGUCACAGGACGGUGAGGUAGACACAGAUAUGGCCGAUUCUCCGAUGCCAGAUGCUCAAACCGCCGUCCAAGCUGGGGAGAGGGCGAGAAUACUUCGAAGCUCAUGGGAAUAUGAUCCAAUCUGGGCGGCAAACCUGUUUGACGAAAUGAAUGAUGUACUCUGGAGUUGA